UGAAAUACUUGUCAUUGAAUUUAACACUUCACACACACUGACACACAUGUACUUAUUUCGCAAAAUCAUCGGUAAUGUGGAAGAUUUCUACGCGCACUCUUCGAAUUAUCAAUGCAAUUUUGUUGACAUUACUUAUCCACUUCUGCGCAAUCGAAAUCUAUCUAGAUCUUGAUCAUGGAAUUUAUGAGAAAUUUAACAAGACAUUUUUGAUAUUUUCCAGUGCCGUAACGACUCUCUUGAUGAUAUGCGUCUCCUUUUACGGAUACUUUGUGUUAUUCACUAAUAAUGCUCAAAAGUUGCGUUUGCUGGCAUUUCUCUUGGUCAUAUUUGUCAUUGCCAAGACCAUUAUCGCAAUCAUCUACUGGAUUUUAAUUGAUGAUUCAGAUCGAAACUUGGCUCUAUGGUUGCACUUGACAAUUAUAUGGGCAAUUAUAUGUUUUAUUGGGGUCGUCGUGCAAAUUAGAAAACCAAUUAGACAACAAACCAUCUCGAUUUAGUAACCAUUUCCUAGAUUUCAGAGAAAUAUCAAGAACUUUCCACAACAACAUACAAUUAAAAUGUGUUUUCUAGGUUGUAAAACACUCAAGAUCAAUUCGCUCAUUUCAGCAGUUUUCCUUAUGGGAUGUAAUAUUGUUGAAACUGGUGUGGGUAUUGAGCAUCUUCGAAGAGCUGUAAAAGGUGCUAGCUUUUUAAUCACAUCAAUAAUGCUAAAUUUAUAUACCGUGUCUGUUAUUGCUCUUGGCAUGUACGGAGUAAUUAUCACCAAUCUCAAAAUACUACGUAUAUUUAUGGUCACAUUGGUUGUAUACUUUCUUGGCAAAUUAUUCCUUUCGGUAAUCGUCGAUCAUCUGGAACAGCAAGAAUAUAAGCAAAUUCUUACUCCAUUCUAUACCAUUGAUGCCAUCUUCUGUCGCUGUAAAAAGUACUGAGAAGCCAGAAAUUGAUAUUAAUGUAAAUAAGUAUGUAGAGAAUAA